AUGAGAUACACCUACGCCGGAUACGACAGAUUGGGUGGCUCCGGUCUCGGCUACAACAGCUACGGGAACUUCAGAGACAGCUAUGGAGGCUUCAACUCGCGCGCGAGCUACGGCAGCGGCCUCAGCGUCUACUCGCAACCCAGUCGACGGCCGAGUGCAGCGAGUUACAGGGCUUCAUACAACGUGUACGACUACAGCCACGAGCCGCCCGUGCGGCCGGCAUACACUUCGCGGCCGGCGUAUACGCCAAACCAUUGCGUUCGGGAGGAGUACCCCGCCAACCACACCUCCUACUCCAGCCCAAACACCAACUCCAACUACACCUCAAGCAUCAACCCAACCAACAACCCCGUCAACGACGACUCCAACAACCUCCGCCAUUCCCCCGACGCCAACCUGCACGAGCGCAACACGCGUCCGGGCCGACGACUUGGCUGGCUGCGGAUGCCGUUAUGGCUUGGUCCAUUUCUGGCCAUGGGGAUCGUAUCGAAGCGCCGCGGUCUGUUCAGCGGUCUGUUCUGUCAGUCUCCAAACGCCUUGGAUAACGUCAAGAAUUAG